AUGAUUGAUUUCCUACAUUGCAAGGUUAAUCUUAUAUUGAAAGACGGCUCCGUGUCUUCGGGCACUAUUUCGUUUGUUGACAGCCGACAAAUCACGUUGAAGGAUGCCGUAAAUUCCAAAGACCCAUCGAUCACGUUCCCGUCGUUGACGUUGCCCAACUCGAAUGUGGCAGACUUGAGUAUAAUACAGUUGCAGCAGAAUAACGGGAACAACAACAGCAAGAAGAAGCCGAAACAACAGGGCAAGAGUGCCGAGUUGACAGACGAUGCCAUCUUGUUUGCUUCGAAACCGUCGAGGUCGGGCACGGCAACGCCCAAGCCCAAGUCCUCGGACAGCUCCAACAACCAGCACCAGGGCCAGAGCCAUUUGAAGGACUUGGAUGUGAAAGUUGAAGACGCCAAGCUGAAGGAGUUUGAUUUUGAGGCCAAUUUAGCCAUGUUUGAUAAAAAGGCCGUGUUUGAUAAUUUUAGAAAGAAGGAUCAUACUCAGUUGAACGAUAGACUAGUGGGUCAUAACAGGAUCGAAGACGUGAAACUCCAACACCAGCACCAGCAGCACCAGCAGCAGCAGCAGCAAAAACAGCAGAAGAAGGAAAAAUAUGACAACGAUGAAAUGGUGUUGGGUGCCGUGCCCAAGGAUAACUGGGAUGCUAUUGGACAAACGAUGACGGAUAAGCGCAAGGAAAGCACGCCAACCGACUCCACUCGAGCAACCUCGCAACGUCAAAACAGUCAGGACAGAUUUAAAACGAGAAACUUUACAUUUGUCAAUUCAAGCGAUGGUAAACCUGUUCAAACAGCCUCGCCCGUGCAACUAUUGGAGAUUGAGCGAUUGUCCGAAGAUAGCACCGGUAUUACGCCUUUGAUGAUGGCCGAGACGUUAGCUACCAACCUAAGCCAGUUGAUUAUGGACAAGUGUCUCGGUGGAUCCGUGCGCUUGAGCAACCGAAAUAACCACAACUUGCCUCCGUUGGUGUUGCUAUUGAUUGGUAGUGGCAGAUGUGGAAGCAGAGCAUUUGCCACCGGCCGCCAGUUGAGUAACCAUGGCGUGAGAGUCUUGGCAUUUGUCAUAUCCUAUGACGAGUCCGAUGCUGAAUUACAACAGCAGUGGAAACUUUUCGAAUCCAUUGGUGGCAAAGUUGUCACUAGCAAUUUUGACGAGUUGAUCGACAUAACCGAGAACCAGUUAAACACCCCCGUGGAGUUGAUAAUUGACGCUUUGCAAGGUUACGAUGACCAUUUAGAAGACAUCUUUUAUCAAGCCGACGAUCAAAAGACCUUGGCUAAGGUUAUCACUUGGUGCAAUUCCUCGCUGCAAAGACUGAAGAUCAUGUCCUUGGACUUGCCCUCGGGGAUCGAUGGUGGAUCAGGCACCUUGACGGAAGAAAACCAAAAGAUCGAGUGCCAAUGGUGUAUCUCGAUGGGAUUGCCAUUGACUGGAAUCUUGCUCGGUUACAAGAAUGAAGUCUUGGAGUAUGACAUGGAAGACGACAGCAAUGGAGAACAGCAAGACGAAAUCGUCCACUACUUGGUUGAUUGUGGCAUUCCAAACAAGAUAUACCUGAUGAAACCCAAUUUGAGAAAGUUUGACAAAUUCUGGUGCUGUGCCGAAAGCUGUAUUAAAUUGAAUGUUACCACCACUUAG